AACUCGCUGGCUGGCUGCGGCGUCUUCUUUCUGUGUCUCGGUCGGAAGUUCGACCACGAACCUCCCCUGUUUUGUCAGUCAAGCUUCCCAGUGUUCAUCAGGGCAACUGGGCUGGGUUUUUGCUCUUCCGAGCCAUUGCUUCGACAGCUUCACGCCGUCACCCCCUUUUCAAGCCUUCCAUUCCAAGAAGCCGCAAUGUGCAUGGAUGCGAGGAAUUGGGACGAGGAGGCCUACAGGGACAGCAUAGUGAAGGCGAGGGAGGCCCAGACCAAGACCGUGUUCAGGACCGCCUGGGCCCCUUCCCAUGAUCCUAACCCCGACGCCAUUGUCGUCGCCUCCAGUGAUGGCUUCCUCGCCUCUUACUCCAUUGCUUCUUGCAUUCCUCGGCUCCCUUUGGGUUUUGGCAGUUCUGGGGCUCAAAACUUCUUGCCCGUUGAACCUGAUUGUGUUCUUCGAGGCCAUGAUGGACCUGCAUAUGAUGUCAAAUUUUAUGGCGAUGAUGAAGAUUCUUUGUUGCUAAGUUGUGGUGAUGAUGGCCGGAUUCGUGGAUGGAAGUGGAAAGAAGUCAACUGUUCUAUAGGAAAUCAUAUCCAACCUGUGGUUGAUCUCGUUAAUCCCCAACAUAAAGGUCCUUGGGGUGCCCUAUCUCCAAUCCCAGAGAACAAUGCACUCGCUGUUGAUACUAAGAGAGGAUCCAUCUAUGCUGCUGCCGGUGAUUCUUGUGCGUAUUGCUGGGAUGUGGACACUGCUAAAGUCAAAAUGGUUUUCUCAGGACACACCGACUACUUGCACUGCAUAGUUGUCCGCAAUUCUGCAAGUCAGAUUUUGACUGGUUCAGAAGAUGGUACUGCACGCAUAUGGGAUUGUAGAAGUGGAAGAUGUGUCCGAGUAAUUGCUCCAGAGAAGGACAUGAAAUCUGAAAGAUUCUCCUCAUGUGUCAGUUGCAUUGCUCUUGAUGCAAGUGAGAACUGGUUGGUUUGUGGCAGUGGCCCUGGUCUAUUCUUAUGGAAUCUACCGGCAUCUGAGUGCAUUUCAAGAAUUUCAACUGGUGCACCAGCACAGGAUGUGAUUUUUGAUGAUAAUCAGAUUCUAGAAGUCGGAGCUGAACCUGUAGUCAGUCGUUUUGACAUGAAGGGGGCUAUUCUUUCACAAAUACAGUGCGCUCCUCGGUUGGCUUUUUCGGUCUCUCUCCAUCACUCCGGUGUAACCGCGGUAGGAGGAUAUGGAGGCAUAGUUGAUGUGAUUUCUCCAUUCGGAAGCCAUCUCUGCACAUUCCAGUGCCAAUAAGUUGUGAAUUGUAAGCAGUCGCUGGUCGGACUGGUGGAUCUGAAUAUAUCCAGCUGCAACGCUCAUCUGUCUGUGAUUUAUAGCAGUCUUAGGCAGUUGGACUUGAGGUUUACUUAAAAACUCUGAUAAUACUGCCUUGUUACAUGUUUGAAAACGUAUUUAGUCAUGUCGGAAAAUGCCAUAGUGUUGGGAAUUGCUUGAUGUUGUGCGUAUAUGAUCUGCGACAUGAGUCCAUGGUCUUCUUGCUCUAGCCAGUUGAAUUAGACUAGGCCCUUUCUGAAGUGCUAUUGAGCAUGUAAUUACUCCUUGUGUCGCUAGCAUGUAACCAAAUGAUAGGACUGAAGAAAAACAAACUGCUUCGACAAAACUGGGGAAGCUCGAGAAUGAAAUUGGGUCCCAUGAUGGCAUUUGAUCAUGUAGGACAAUG